UUCCAGAGCACCAUCAAGGAAUUUUAAAAACAUUGGACUUCCAGCACCUAAAUACUUCUGAGAAUUCAGAAGGCCACAAAGCUAGAUACACAAGCAUUCUUUUUUCUUUCAGAAGAUUCCUCAGGUUUCAAGUUUAAGCUGUGAAGUGCAAACAACAAUCCAACAUUCAGUGCAGAUCACACACUGCAGGAAGAGGAGAUGUGUUUUCUGACCAAGCAUCCAGCUCUUGGGGUGGUAUGUUCUGCUUUCAUAUGCAGCGUGCUCAUUGCUGAAGGACAGCUUGGGGAAGAGCAUGGGCAGGAUGGCAGCUCUGCUUCCAGCCGAGGCUAUCUGAUGGAAGUUUUACGCGUUCUUUCAGCUGACAACACUGAGCUCCACACGAACCACUCACGAGAACUGGUCAAAAUGUUACUGGAGAGAGCUGAGUGCCCACAGCGGAUUAAUGGCACGCAAGAAGAUUGUAAUCUGUGCCUUGAACCAGAUGCUUUAUUACUAAUAGCUGGUGGGGAUUUAGAAGACCAUCUCAGUGAAGAAGUAUUUGAGAGAAUUUCUCUUAUUCUUCUUUACUACAUUCUUCAUCAGAGAGAUGUAUGUUCUUCAGAACUCAGCUUGAAUAAUAUGGAUUAUAAAUUUUACCUGCAGAGUAUGCUCAGUUUAAGAGAUGAUGAAGACCAUUAUUAUUUUUCACGGAAUGAAACUGAAGAUAUUUUGGCCUCAGUAAGGCAACACUUUAAAACUUCUGAAACGCAGUGUGUUGAUGUGAGUGCUCUGGAGAAAAAUGCUGAUAUAAUGGGCAGAGAUGGCGCUGAUGAAAACACUCUUCCACGCCUGGCUGCUUUAAUCAUUACUCUGGCUCUCAAAGGAGUCUGUAUGGGGAAAGCAAGUUUGCCCUCCUCAGAAUUCUUUAUAAAAUAUAUCUUCAAUUCUCUAAACAGUACCACUGAGCUCCAAGUGACAGAACUAGAACAACUACUAAACAUGCUUACAGCCAAAAAGGCCUGCACUGUAAAUGGACAACUCCACGGUCACAAAAGAAGACGUUAUGGUAUGGUAAGCAGAGAUAUUGGAAACAGAAAUAUUCGAGUUAAAGGAAACCAUACAAAAGGAGACUACCUGAAACGCUAUUUUGAAGAUCAUGAAAGGAACACAGAUUGGGACCAGGUCUGUUUCUCUGCCAAUGAACUUGUGACGAUAUUUUUAAAAAAUGGUUCUUCCUCCAUUUCUAAGGAACACUUCAAGCAAAUCAGUCCGGCUAUUAUUCAGCAACUAUUAAGUUGUUCAUGUCAGCUUCCUCAAUUCAAGCAGACAAAACUUCCAGCAACAGUUUUGGAAAAAUAUGGUUACAGCACUGUUGCUGUUUUGCUUAUUACUAUUGGAUCUAUGUUUGGUACAACCCUCAUUUUAUUUAACUCCUGUCAAGAAACCUAUACGCUCAUUUUACAGCUGUUUGUCGGUUUGGCUGUUGGGACCCUUUCUGGAGAUGCAUUGCUACACCUUAUUCCUCAGACUCUUGGUUUACAUAAUCAUGAAGCACAAGAGGUAGAACAUUUCUAUGAGGGGAAAGAAUACAUUUGGAAACUUCUGGGAAUAAUUGGAGGAAUUCAUGGAUUUUUUUUAAUAGAAAAGUGUUUCUUUCUUUUGGUAACACCACGUGACCAGGGCCUUUCUUUAGUUAAUGGGCACUGGGGACAUUCCCAUGAUCUUCCAGUGGAAUCUGAAUUAAAUGAACAUUCAGGCAGAGGCAAAUCUACUUCAACCAUACAGUUGAGAAGCCCAGAAGAUUCUGAGUCUGCUGAAGUUCCUCCAGAGAAUAAGGUGAUCAGCAAAAAAAGUAAGAAAAUUAGCUUGUUAGCUAUAAUGGUUCUAGUGGGUGACAGUCUUCACAAUUUUGCUGAUGGCUUGGUAAUAGGAGCAGCUUUCUCGUCUUCAACAGAAACGGGUGUGACAACGACUGUUGCUAUUUUAUGCCAUGAAAUUCCUCAUGAAAUGGGAGACUUUGCUGUGCUGCUAAGUACGGGGCUCCCCACGAAGACUGCAAUUUUGAUGAAUUUUAUAAGUGCGCUAACAGCGUUCUUAGGACUUUAUAUUGGGCUUUCUGUGUCAACUGACCCACACAUUCAAAACUGGAUUUCUACUGUCACAGCUGGAAUGUUCUUGUAUUUAUCUUUAGCAGAAAUGCUUCCUGAAAUGACUCAUAUUCAGACACGGCGACCCUGGUUGAUGUUUCUGCUACAGAACCUUGGAUUACUAUUAGGCUGGCUUUGCCUCUUACUUUUGGCUAUAUAUGAACAGAAAAUUAAAAUAUAAAUUUUCUGUUGGAAAUCUUGAAGUACCACUCAUGACAGUGGAUAGCAUGAUUCACAAUUUUGUCAUGUCUGCUAUAGUGAUAUAUAAAUUAAGUUGCUAGGAUUUUUGUAUCUGAACAGUAUAUAACUAUUUCACUUUAUUAACUUAUUGUUCAGAUUUUGUAAUUUUUUUUUUGUAAACAUGAAUGUUUAGAAUUAUGUUUCAUUUGUUACUGAGUUUACCAGAUCCCAUGCUCAAAUUCACAGGAGCUUUUGAUUAAUUUUCUGUUUUAGUUGAAUGCUCUUAGUGAUCCCUGCCAAUCUGAUUGAAGAAAAGAAUAAAACAGUUUUAUAUACAAUAAUUAAAGUGGACUAACCACAGUUGAAUAAUUUGAAGCAGAAAUGUCUGUUGCCUUACAGUACAAAGAAUAAAAAUAUUUCUAUAAAACUGAAAAGUAGAGCAAAACAAAACUGUUAAAUGGCUCACAGCAAUCUCAUUAUAUCUGCUUUACCUACUUUGUCAGCACAAAGAUCCAUAAUUCUCAUACCUUACUGGUCCACUGUGGCUCGUAAAAAAUGACAAAUGUAAAUGUUGAUAUUUAUGAUCUAGAAAUCAAAAAAUGCCCUUUUCCGACCGUAAUAUAGUUUCUCAUGGAUGGACUCUGUGACAGUCAAGCAUUGCACUGCGCUAACUGUCAGAGUAACUGCUUUCUGCAUUAUCCCAACUCUCAUAGUUGCUCAUAGCAAAUGUUUAUGGAUUAUUCUAAGAAAUGUGUUUAAAGUAUUUUGCCCCUGAUAGCCCUUCCAGGCUCCUCAGGUCAAGGGAUUCCUUGAGCUGGAUGUUGCUUCUGAGCCAUCGUGUUUAGUAAACACCAAUAGUGCCUUCCUGCCAGCAGUUAGUGUAUUCAUACAUGUGAUGUGCAUUGUGGAGAGAGCUGUAACAAUUGUCUAAAGUACACAUAGCAGUGUUCUCUCAGGGCCUCACUGAAACACGUUCUAUCUUGAGUGAUUUGGGGGUAAUUAGUCCUAGGUUGCAUAAAUUGAGAUGAUUUAUUUAAUUCAGUAUCCAGACAAAUACACAAGUUCUGUCUUGAUUCUGAGGUGCUGAGCAACUUCCAGGAGGUAAAAAGCAACACGAUUUCUGCUACUUACAUGCUAUCAAUUUUUGGUGUAAGGGCUCCCCUCUACCUAAUUUCUAUUUUUGUCUGAAAACUGAGAUGCAUUCUUGCUUCUGCCUCUGAGAUACUGUGGAAAUACGGAGAGCAAUUUACAGAACAAAUAUAUAUUCUUUAUGCAGCAAGUGGGUAUUUUAUUUUCCUUGUCAUAAAUCAAGCUUAAAACAUGGCUACAAUACGAUAUGAUUAUCUCAUAAUGCGCACUGGGUUUAUUUGGCAGCUGCUAAUGAAGGCACAAUUAUUCUUAUAUUACAGAGGAGAACAGAGUCUACUCUCUUAGAGCACUUUCAGUUCCCAGAGGCUUCAUGGGCACCAUGCUACCUUAUCACCAAAAUUUAAAGUGAGAGUAAUUCCAAGUUUUGUUGUUUAAAAUAGCCCAAAUUCAUGAGAUUGUGGACCAAGUCAUCCACAGACUACCUUUGUGAAAAAAACAUUUACAUCUAGGCAUUUACAUACCUUCAGAAACCUUGUCCCAAACAAUUUAUCCAAGGUCACCCGGGAAGUCUCUGUCUGACUAGGGAAAUGUAUUGAGCUGUGUUAAGUCCCGAAGGAAAGUCCUAGCUUGUUUUAUUUAGGUGUGCAAAUAUUAUGACUGCUUUUUUAUGUUGAUUUAACUUUGAAAGACGAGCUGAGAAGCCAUGACUGAUGCUUCUCUUUUCAAAGUUUACAUUUUUCUGGAGUUUGUGCUUGCUUUUAGUAAGGUAAGAUUUUUUUUUUUUUAAAGUGGUUCCCAGUAUUUAUCUGUGUGCAUUGGCACAGAGUCAUUCCAUGACCUUCAGUUGUGACAGUCAAUUCAAGCAAUAGCAGGACAACACUGGACGUAAGCAAAAUCUAUUCUUGUAUCAGAUGCUGCAAAUGAAUAUUGGAAAUGUUAUUUCAGAAAGCAGAGCUACUGUAGUUUCAAUGCUUAUGUAUGCUUAAUAGUCACUACUGCAGAAAACAAGAUUACCAACAUAAUAAUUUUCUGGCCAUAUUAUUGUAUUCUGAAACAUUUUUCUGCUAUUUAUUAUGUGUGAAUGAGGGGAAGGAAUUUCUGGCAGUCUGAACUUUGAAACUGCAUGUGAGCAUGGCUUCACAUCCUGACACGAUCUGUGAACAUACUGCAUCCACAUCUGUUAAAAAAAUACCAUCUUUUGGCUAUAUAUAUCUAUCAGGUUUCUUGAUCACACUUAACAACCCAGUAUAUUUAUGCAGCUUCCACCACAGGCACAAGUAUGUUGCUCAGAAUGCCAGUUAGUCUUUAUUUCUGCCACAGAGCUCAUUCGCUUUUGUGGUAUUUGUCAGUAAGUGUCAAGUCUGAACACCUGAAGUCUCGUUAGUGUGUAGAAUUUUGAAUUACUGCAGCACCUGUGAGAGAACUUAUCUCACUGCUUUGAGUUGAUGCUCUGCUGUAAUUCUCUUGAAUUACUGCAUUUAAAAAGAUACUGAAUGUGGAGCUUUAUGACACGUAAAACAAGACUAGACUGUAUGUUAGGAACAAUGCAUCAUACAGAGGGCUGGAAACUAUUUCUAUAGGACACUAAAUUAGAAAAAUGAGUCAGCUAUAUCGACCUGCAGGAUUCAUCUAUUUUGUCAAUGUCCUCUGAAAAGCCGAAGAAAAAAGAUAGAACAUGGUUUUGCAUCCUUACAAAAGAGAAGGUGGUGCACGAAUGUUCUUAUGAUGCAUCCUCUUUUUGUUUAUUUUAAACUCUGUAGAGUUUAUUCAUACAGAUUUUAAACAAGGCUCUGCUGAAAGCCAGGUAUUUCUUUCUGUUCCUCCAAACCCAACAGACAGAGCAUAAUAUGCCAAUGUUUUCAUGGAGUCAAAUCCUGAGUAAGGACUGCAGAACUUCAUCACUUGCAGCCCUUAAAUCAUGACUGAGUAUCUCUCCAAGAGGUAUGCAAUUACUCAAACAGAUGUUAUGUGCUUGAUGGAGAGAUUACUUGGUGAGGUUUUACAGCCUGUCAGGCAGUUCUGACUAGAUAAUCAUAAUGUUCCUUUUGAAACCCUAAAACAUACGAAUCUAUAGAUUCAGGAUUUUUCCAAAAGAAGUUGGUUAGUAUUUCUUUCAUCUAUUCUUAGUUUUCAGGCAAUGUCAAGAUGAGAGAAAAAAAAAAUCUUGCUUCCCUACACAAAAAAAAUGAGAGAGAAAAGGAAAGGUGAAAGAAUCGAUAUUUUUUGCUGGAAUUUAAAUGGCAGAGACCCUCAUAAAAAAUACUUCCAAUUCCAAACUAUUCCGAACUUGUAAGCAUAACACAGCUGAACUUGUACCUCUCUUUUCUGUAUAUGUUACACAUUACCCAGUGACUCCUAAGACAAAUCGUCUCAUCUCUGCAGCCAGCUAUGCUAAUGCCCUUAGAAGUUUCUGGAGCUCAUCUGCAUGUUUUAAAUACUGCCAUCUAUUCCUUCACUGUAUUUUACGCUUUAGGCAUGAAUGUGGCAUUUCUCCAGAGAAAAAAUGUCUUUUUCAUAUAAGAAAACAUGAUUAGCUUUGGUUUAUAUAUGAGGAUUGUUUUUCUUUCACCCUGCCAUUGCACUUGAGAAAGCAUAUUAUUAUUGUAUCAAUGUUUAUCCUGCAGCUAGAAACCAAACCCAAUUUUGUAUGAAAAUGAGAAUUAGGGCUUACAAUUUUAUGAUAAGGGCAUACUUAAUUAACAUUUCUAGCUUUUCUUGCUUUGCUGUAACCUUUUGUCAAGUCUUCCUCUCAUCUUAAAAAUAAGCUGCCUUCUAUUGUGAGUGUAGCCAUAGGAAUGUGAAUACAAAAAUACAAGCGGUAGUUACUCAAUGGCUUUAAUCAAAACAAAAAGUCCUGCAAUUUAUUUCACUAGACCCCUUCGUUCCCUUCUCUGCAAAAGAACAAAAAAUCCACACGUGGAGCUGUUGCUCUGGGUCACGUAGGAGAAUGUAAGAAGUGCCUUCUUCCUUUUAUGUCUCUGAUAACAGGACCAAGCACAAUGGGAGACCCUGUGUAGACGUCUGGUUGCAUUGAAGUCAUUGCCAAGCUCCCAUCAGUGGCAGCGCAGAACAGCAUCCUGGUGCAGGGGGUGCAGGAAUUGCAGAGGGCUGGUGCUGCUUCCUUUCACAGAGCUGACAGGAGACAGAGCAGGCAGGAGGACUCCGGAGGGGCAAGCUGCAGUGCAGCACUUCAGUAGUUGUAGCAGAAGGAUCAAAGGUUUUAAAUCUGUGUCUGCAUAGUCCUGCAGGAGCUCACUUCAGGGCAGAUUCUCAAAUGGUUCUGGCUUUGGCUUUGGACAUGAAAGACAUCAUGAAAGACAUCUGGCUGAUAACCCUUCAAGCGUGGGUUCCCGCAGUCCAAUCCACAGGACCCCAGCAGUCAGGGUCACGCAAAGGAAUGGCACUUCUCUGCAAAGGAACCUCCCACAAUACUGUCAUAGAUAAAAGGACAAGGCCUGUAGUCAUGACCAGGGUGGUCCACCUCUAUAUUACACCUGCACGGCACCCUAACAAAUCACAGUGCCAGCCCCUCCUUCCCAGGGUCUCAGCCUUGAAAUUCCCAGAGAGCAUUAAACAUGGGAUCACUUGACAUAAAUCUACCUAGCAACUGUUUACAUAGUGGCCUAAGAUAGUGACAAUCAACCACUAAUCCAGUGCUGAAGAUGUGUCUAUAUGCCAUUUUGUCCCACUGCAGCUGGGUUGUCCUUUUCUCAGAUGCCAGCAGUCCCUAACUUGGCAUUUCCCGGAGAGGUGACAAGAGAUAUGCAUAGGGGAAUAGACCAGUCAAUUAUUAUUUCAGGACUUCAAAAGCCAUCUUCCUAUUCCUGUGCAAAGAUUUAGUAUGACCUUGGAACAAGAGUAUACCUACUUUAUGGCUGUUACCCUAAUCCAGAAGUGGGUGGGUAAUGAACUUCUUAAGUAUACGAAAAAAGUAUACACUGUACAGCAGCUCAGUAACAAGUAACUGUAAUAAUCAGCAAGUUUAGAAAGAUUUAAGUGGACAAUAUACAUCUGGUGGCUUAGUAUACCCAGGACAGCAUAGCAGCAUUCAGAAAACAUGAUACGCACAGCUGAGAUGUAGCCAUGCAUGCAGUUCUUUUCUCAGGUGAUAUCUAAAAGAGGAGUUGCAGGAGUACUAGAACCAUUCCAUGACACUCCAGAACCUCACUGAUGAUAAUCUUUUUCUGUACUUUACACAAGGUUUCAGAGAAAAAGAUACCAUGAAGAAAUGAGGCCUCUUCUGUAACUAAGCAAAGAAAUAAAUACAAGUGGGAAGGCACUCUAAAUUGUAUAGUGAUUCAUCAUCCUGCACAAAUGCAAAGCAUCCCCCAUUUCGCUUUGAGACAAACAAACAGAUACAUAACAGGAAAGCGAGAACAAGGAAGUGUCCAAGAGAAAGUUCUUGUAGACAGCUGUGUAAAUUCCAAAACAAACAACAAAUAUGUAAAGAAUAUUACUUUCUCUUCAUCGUCAUUCAUUCUCACUGGUAAUUAUAAAACCCACAAAAUUCUCUGCAAGUGUUGCAGGAAAAUAUUGUGUCUAAGAAGUUGAGCUUUAACACUGGGAAUAGUUUAAAUAUUACAAAACAGAUGACUUUUAGUAACUCUUAAACUUGAUGCAUACAUUGAAAAUACAAUCCAUAUGUUCACAGCCAUAUCUUUCAGAAAAUACAUAUUCAUAGUUGAUGAAAUCAAUAUCAUUUCAUGUGCAGGAUUUCCAUUCCAUUUCAAGUAAUGAGAAGGAAAAAAGAUUAUGAGAGCACAGUCCAUUUUCUCUAUCAUUUCCUACUAUAAAACCUACAUUAUAAUUUGGCUUUUUACAGUUGCAAUUAGCAGGAAUAUGCCAUUUGUCUAGACAACAAAGUAGCUGACUGUCUGGCAUAGCAUUUCUGCAUUAUUAGGGUGGACUAAAAAAGCACAUGACUAUUUGAUGUAAAUUCUUUUCUAGCAUGUAAUAUUUUAAUAUGCCAUAAAAAUUCUUAGGUUGGAUUGUCCUCCAUUCCCAACCCUGAUUCUCCUUUGCAGAGCUAUGUUUUUUAGAAGUAAUUAUAAUGUACUUCACUUGAGUGAAGUGAGCUUUUCUGCUUCCUUCCUUCCCCUCAUUUCAGUUAUUCCCCAGUAUGAUUCCUGCUGUAUGUUCAGUUUCAGUAUCGGUGGAAGAAAACUAAUUUGUCGGAAGAACUUUUUCCAGGCAUUUCAUAAUCAAAGUAUAUAUUGGAUCAAGGGCAAGAUGGACCUUGGAAGGAAUCAUCUGAAUUCUAAGGAAGGAUAACCAUACAAACAUCAGUUCCUACCCACUUUUUGUUGGUAUCAGAAAGCAUACUCCAGGUUUAAGGGGGGGGGGGAACAAAACCCAAAAAUAUUUGAAUGGCACAGUGCAAAUGCAAACAUCAGUCAGUUUACACGAGAUUGCAAGUGAUCAGAUCUCCUGCACUUCUUAAACAUUCUUUUUAAAGUUAUUUCUUCCCAUUUGUGACAUAUUAGCUGACACUGGGCAUGUGCCUAAUGUUUUGUAAAUGCUCAGUAAAACAAUUGCUAAACUCUUCCACUCUUACAGUCUACUAGUAUUACAUAUGAAGACACAGAAAAGCAGAUUCUAAUAAUAGAUACUUUUUUGAUUUAGGCAAUAUAACUGAAAAUUCGUGAUGACCUGAAGUAGAUAUUAAUGAACUUGCAAUAUGCUUCUGUAGUUUACAGUUCUGGUAUGAACGUAAACCAUAGUCUUAACAAGAAUUGCUCUUGAUAUUCUUCUAUCAGUGUCAUAUAAGUGAUAUAUAUUUUAUACCUUUCCCUCUUCCUCUACAAAUCACAAAACUAAACAUACCCCUAAUUCAAGGCUGUGACAACAAAAGUUCAGUUCCCUAGCUUUCUCAAGAUGUACUUUUUAUAUGUUCAAAAUGGCUAUUUGAAUCAUAAAAAAAGCCCUUUCCUUUCCUCUGCACUUAUGUUAUACCUAGUUCAGUAAUGGCCACCUUCAAUAAAGAAUUGUCAAGCUUGUUCCAGUGAAGCUGGUCAUUCCUAUGGUAACAAAUGGACACUCUUGAAAGAAGAGAUGUUCAUGUUCACUACAUUCAUGUUUACAAAAUGGCAUUAGAUAUCAGAUUUAGACUUUGCUAUUUAAUGCUCUUAUAAUCAGUGAGACUUAACUUCAUAGCAGGUAAAUCUAUAAACCACUUCUGAAUUCUCAGGUUAGUUUUAUGAGAAAUGAGUGAAACUUUUCUAAACCAAAUAAUUUCUGCUUUAUACUCUUUUAAACAAAACAUGGGCUUUUGCAUUCUUUGUAACAAAACUCCCAAGUCUGCACAGUGCCUCUGUUGAUAAGAUCUACAUGAUAAGGAGAUCAUCUGAAACACAGCCAACAACCAGCAUUGAUUCUCAAACACUGAAAGUUCCUAGGCAGUACGUUUGAUGAAAAACAUGUUGCGUGUUCAUUUAUCCCCUAUGUCUAUUUAAAAUCUGAGAUAUAAACAUCUCUUCUACAAACAUACUCAACAAACCUAUAUCUGGCUUACAUCCUUCAGUCACAGCAAUGACAUUUCAUUAGCUAAUCCAUUGUGGAACUGACUUUUAACAAAAUAGAAGCAAAUUCAAUUUGUUAAGUUUAACCUGAUACCCUUUCAGUAAGUCUACCACUACAGUUCUGGAUGCCUUAUGUUAUUGUCUUCUGGUGACAGACAGGCUGCUGCAAAUAGUUUAAUCAUAAUUAAUCUGCUCCAAAUGGGGGGGCGGUGAGGUGGAGUGGGAAGGGAGAGAGAGUUUAAAGUAACCUUCUAAAUGACAUGGUACUGCACCUUAGACUGUAAAUGGGUCCUUGUCCUUCUUAGCCCUAUGAAGAUAAGACAAAUAAGACAGAACAAAACUCUGUGCCAUGAGGGGGAAGACAGCAGUGCUUGAUAUCUCUGACUGCUAGACAGUAAUCAUCAUUGACAACGUAACAGCUUCGGCACUAGGUUGUUUCUCUUUUACUGUGCCUGUCGGCUACAGGCUCAUCCACUGUUUUCACUCUAAUUAUACAGUGUUUCAUAUUACCUACUUCAAUGAGGAAAUAAUUGAUCAAGCUCUCUCAAGGAAAAUCUAAUUGAGGACAGAGUUCUUUCCCAAAUAAGAUUUUAAGAUUUUUCCACGUCUUGUCUAUCACAUUAUCCCAUCAGUCGAGCUCUGCAGAAAGGUAAGAAAAUGGAAAGGCUUCUACAAGAGUUCAAUGAAAAAUUCAAACUCCAGGGAUUUCCUAGCAGUUUUAACGAGCAUCUGUGGGUGUUAUUAGUAGUAAGACACAACAAAAGACAGUUCCUUAGGGGUGUGGUCUUACCUCUGUUCUUGACUUUGGAAGAAAACGUCAGGACAGUAGAAGAGAAUAGAAGAGAAUACAACUGUCAGUGGAAAGCCCCAAAUAUACUGGGAAGCCAGCCAUUUCUAGGGAUGGCUAAUGCAAAAGUUAGCAAAAUAUCUUAAUCUAGUCCUUUUCUCUACAGCUUAGAGGCUUUUGAUAUUGCAGUGAUAAUUUUUAGAUAGAUCUAGUGAACCGUAUCAGAUUCUUUCCUGAGAACACAUCCCUUAUCUUUCAUAGAUCUGAACAUGGUCUCUCUUGUCUUUUAGAUAUUGUCAGAAGGAGAUCGUUCUGUUAAAUUUUAUAAAACAGCAUGGCAAAUCAGAAUACUCAGAAGCAAGUCCAAAACUAGCUAGUCCCAGUUCCAGAGACUGAUUACGCACUUUCUACAGGGUCUAUGCCAGUGCUCAGUCACACUCACAGUAAAAAAAAAGCUUUUUCUUACGUCUAAGUAGAAAUUCUUGUAUUUAAAUUUGUGCACAUCACUUUUUGUCCUGUCGCUAGAUACCACUGAGAAGAGUCUGACUGCUUUUCUUCAAAUGUCCAUACUUAUCGAUAAGAUGCCCCUGAGCCACUCCUCAUGCACCAGAUGCUCCAAGCCACUAACGGCCUUUGUGGAUCUUCUCUGACCUUGCAUGUCCAUGUGUCUCUUGUCCUGGGGAGCCCAGCACUGGUCCCAGCACUCUGGUUCACCUCACCAGGGCUGAGUAUAGGGAAGGGCCAACUCCCUCAGCCUGCUGGCAAUGUUCUGACUAAUGCAGCCCGGGAGGCUUUUGACCCUCUUUACUGCAACGAUACAUUACUGCCUCAUGUCCAACUUGGACACCAGCAUCCCUAGAGUCUUUUCUGCAAAGCUGCUUUCCACCUGGUCAUCAGCCCGUAGUGGUGUAUAGCAUCAUUCCUCCCAAGGCGCAGGACUUGGCAUUUACGUUUGUUGAAUUUUAUGAGAUUCCUGUAUGCCCAGUUCUCCAGCUCCGUGGAAAUGGCAGCACAACCCCAAGGUGUGUAAGUCACUCUGCCCAAUUUUGUACCAUUUGCAAGUCAUAGUCUUUCUUUACUUUCUCUCUGACCUACUGCCUUAAAUUAAUUCUUGCAGAGUGCUAACGGGAAUAGAGAAGUGGUACUCCUUAGAAUGGCCAAUAAAUGUGAUGUAAGUAUAAUGUUUCGGGGAGUAGGAGGCAGGGAUUUCAACACUCUCCUGCAGAAAGCAACAAGACAAUUUACCCAGCAAAGUUAGAUGGCUUGAGUAAGUGUAGGAAUCUGUGCUUCUCUCUCAACCAUCUUUAGAAAGGCUGUGACCAUAUUUAGUUUUUUCUCAGAUGCCAGCACACACAUUAACCAAUUUUGAAGCACGUGUUAAGGGGGCUUUAGAAAAUACUUAAUAUAUAGAACCUGAAUCCUUAAGAGAUAUAUUCUGUUUGAUCAGACUGCAACAGAAAUUGAACUUUAAGGAGCUUACAAGUCAAAUGAGAGUUACUCAGUGUGCUAUUGAACUGCUAAAACUUAUGCAUCAAUUGAUUGGAUGCUCCAGGAUUGCACCCUUUACAACCAGGUGGUUGGAUUCUGCUUAACUCCUGCUCCAAACUUCUUAAUAUUCUGUGGGCUCUAGAGUUACAAAGGGAAAGCAAAAAGCACAAGCUUUUGGUCCAAGAAUAUGACAUACAGAAACUUUAUCCUGACUAUGUCCUUUCCAGCCAGCCUUACACUCCCACAGUGUACAAUACUCACUGUCAAACAAUAGCUAAAAAUUCUAGAGAAGGAAGGAAAAUGAGAGAUGAGACAGAUAUUGCAGUUAUUUCAUCCUGUCUAACACUCCCAGCCAGUCUGUAUCCCUGCAAACGAGUACAGUUUAUGUUGUACAAAGAGUAUCAGAGCUGAAGAGUUUUAUGUUUAAAAGUUUAAACAAGUAGGCAUUUUUUGAAAAAUAAAAAUUGCGAACUGUACUUACUACCCAUCAUCUCCAGCCAUCUCCAUUUCUGCCCAAGUUAUAUGAAGCAUAUUCAUGCGAAGCACCCAAAUACCAGUUCAUUUAUAAGCUUGUUUGGAAAUCUGAAAUUCAACAAAUAGCAUCAUCUUUCCAUAACUUAACAUUUUAAUCGCUAUCAUGAACUGAUAGCUCCAGCACUGCACAGUUCUGACCGUACUAGGAGCUUUCCAUGGUUUUGUUAAUCCCAAAAUGUGCCCAUCAGAUAAAUUUCCUGUUUGGAUAGCACUUCUUGUCUUUCCAAAGUUGUUCAUUACUCUAGAACAUAAGCUUUAAAAUGCUAAGUUAGUAAGAUGUCUUUUUAUCUGAGUGGAUGCAUUAAAGCAUGAUCAUUUAGAGCAACAGCCCCUUGCAUUUCAGAAGUUGCUUGAGAGAAACUGGGAAGAAAUCGAAGAUAAUCUUCAGUAGUGAACCACAAUAAUGAAUUGAAUGUGUCUCAAAGGUGAUCUCAAUGCAUUUAAAAUAAGUUAAUUUAACACAAAUUUUAUUAAUCACAGAUGCUUUGAUUAGUAUAGUUUUCAGAGCUCUUGCUUCAUUUCUAUAGCAGUUUCAGGCCUGGCUCCAGCAUGAAGUCAUCAAAAUUAAUCUACACAAAACAGUUCUGCACCCUUACAGGAAUGCAGAAGGGUCCUUUUAACAGAAAUACCAGCUGACAGACAUCAGGGCUCCUCUGGUAUCCUGAAGGGUUCAAAUAUAAGGAAAAUAGUUAUUCAUGUGUAGAGAAUUGAUUCAGUAGAAAUGGGUAAUAUGCAGAAGUAUGAUUCCUUCAAAGAAAACCACAGACAUUGGACAGGAUGGAUCUGGAAAAGCUUAAGUCAACCCUUCUGACCCUUGUGAGGUUCAACAAGUCCAAGUGAAAGGUUCUGCACUUGAGUUGGGGCAAUCCCAAUUAUCAAUACAGGCUGGGGGAUGACUGAACUGAAAGCGACUCUGUGAAGAAGGACUUGUGGGUACUGGUGAAUGAAAAGCUGGACAUGAGCUGACCAAGUGCACUCACAGCCCAGAGGACCAGCUGUAUCCUGGGCUGCAUCAAUAUAAGCGUGACCAUCAGGUCAAGGGAGGUGAUUCUAUUCCUCUUCUCUGCUAUUGUGAGACUUCACCUUGAGUACUGCAUCCAGCUCUAGAGCCCUCAGCACAGGAAAGACAUGGACCUGUUGAAGUGGGUCCAGAGGAGGGCCAUGAAGAUGAUGUGAGGGAUGGAACACCUCUUCUGUGGAGAAAGGUUGUGAGAGUUGACGUUGUUCAUCCAGGAGAAGAGACAGCUCCAGGGAGAUGUUAUUGCAGACCUUCAACACUUACAGGGAGCCUGUGACAACGAUGGGGACAAACUUGCUAGCAGGGCCUGUUGCAAUGGAACUAGGGGUAAUGGUUUUAAACUAAAUGAGGGCAGAUUUAGACUAAUCACUUAGAAUCAUAGAAUAGUUAGGGUUGGAAGGGACUUUAAAGAUCAUCUAGUUCCAAUCCCCCUGUCAUGUGCAGGGACAUCCCACUAGAUCAGGCUGCCCAAGGCCCCAUCCAACCUGGCCUUGAACACCUCCAGGUAUGGGGCAGCCACAGCUUCCCUUGGCAAUUUGUUCCAGUGCCUCACCACUCUCACAGUGAAGAAAUUCUUCCUAAUGUCUAGUCUAAAUCUGCCCCUCUUCAGUUUGUACCCAUUCCCCCUCAUCCUAUCACCACAAGCCUUUAUGAAUAGCCCCUCUUCAGCUUUCUUGUAGCCUCCUUCAGGUACUGGAAGGUCGCUAUAAGAUCUCCUCUGAUCCUUCUCUUUUCCAAGCUGAACAAGCCCAACUCUCUCAGCCUGUGCUAGCAGGGAAGGUGCUCCAGCCCUCUGAUCAUCUUUGUAGCCCUCCUCUGGAGCCAUAUAAGUAAAAAACUUUUUACAAUGAGGGUGGCGAGGCACCAGCACAGGUUGCUCAGAGAUCUGGUAGAAGCCCUACCCCUGGAAAUACUCAAAGUCAGGUUGGGCAGGACCCUGAGCAACCUGAUCCAGUUGAAGAUGUCUCUGCUCACUGUGUUUGGACUAGAUGACUUUUAAAGAUCUCUUCUAACCUAAACCAUUCUAUGAUUCUGUAAUUUGUAGACAGAAUGAAAGCAGGAUCUUUGCCUUAUGCAGUACUUGACAGAACAGAAGAUAAACCAAUCAGGUAAAAUAUGGGACAGGAGAAGACUAGAAGCUGUUAAACAAGGCAGACUCUACAUAAGAAAAUGGUUCUUCCACAAGCAACAGCUUCUUUGUCUCCUGAAUACUUGAUGACUCUCUCACCUCUAUGAGCAGAGAGAACAGUGUCAUCAAGUUUUAGCUCACUAGCUUCUUCAGCCGAUGUUUUAACAGGUGAGUUUGGCCUGCUCUGCUCUGUGAAGGCAAUCAUUGAGGUAGCGCUUUUCUAUCUAGCCUAGUCUUUUAUAAGGGUUAUUACAACUUGGUUAUCUCUAACUCUGGAAAAUUUAGUUGCAAUGAAGCACAGGACAGACUGAUUAAUAGGUCAUUUGAUCGUACAACUUUUACAUCUUCUGAAAAGUCAGCUAAAAGAAUCAUUGUAGGUUCAAAGCUUUAACAGUAGUUUGAGUUUCAACAAGUAGCUCCAAGCUACUAUCUUCCUCCUCAGGAAAUUUUGUUUAAAAUUAAGUCAAGAUUCUACAAUGCUAUUCAAAGAUGAUGAUAACUAAACCAACACUCCAAUUCUCAAAACUAAAAUUCAGAAUUAAAAUAAAAUAAAAAAAAUCAAAUUGGGAACAUCUAGUUUGGCUAGAGCCUAAAGGGGACAUGCUGUAUAAAAUAUGGUAGCAAGAUAAAGUUUUUCUGAACCUCUGGUGAAGAUGUGUGCUGUAUUGAGGCUGUGUCUUGUGUAGACUGAGGAGCAAGCACUAAGUAAGUUUAGAUUGCUUUUGUUUUAUGAAGUGUUGAUUGUCUCCCAUCUUCUCAGCUGAGCUGUAUGUCUCUAAUUAGCCUCACUUUUAUAAAGGCAGGAAAAAAACAAAUGCUUUGCUUUGGUCCUGAAAAUUAGGAUACUAAUGAAUUGGUAAAAUAAUUUUAAAAGAUACAAAGAAAACUGCCUCUUUCUAAGUAUAGCAGUAAUUUCAUACACCUACCCUUCCACAACAAAAAAUGGAAUUGCCUAUUUCUUGCUAUUAAAAAUUUAUCACUGUUUAUAGUUGUAUAUGUAGUUACCUGCUCAACGCAUCCUCUGUAGAAAAGCAAAAUUAAGUUAGUUCUUUAAUGGCUAAACGAGUUCUUCAGAAAUUCACAAAAAUACACUGCUGUGUUGUUUCAAGUACUUUUAGUACUUUUAUCACUGCUUUCUCAAAAGUUUAUCAGUUGGCUACAACUAGUUCACAAUAGCUCUACAAGAUAAAGUGAAAGAUAAUCUGUGAAAGAUAUUCUAUUGCAGCAGUAUUUGCUCCUGUUGACUUUUAUCAAAAAUGUUCAACAUUCAGUUACUCCAGGAAAAGCUCUUUUAUUCUCCUCAAGACACGUAUUUAACUGGGGUAAAAUGAAAGACAAUCUCUUUCUUGUGCUGUAAACAGAUACAGAAUUGCAAACAACCCCAAUUCACUUAAGGAAUGCUAUGUUUCAAUAACAUUUAAUGCCAAAUAAAUUUAUCAAGGGAUUUCUUUACUCUUUGCAAUGCUAAUUGCUUAAGAAGUGUAACUCCUAUGUUUUCGCUGACAUGGGUUACUGGGUUUAGCAUAAAAUUCAUUACAAUCUCAUUGGUUUGUAAUCCAGUCUGAUUUCACCAUGGAAUUUUUUAGAUGAUGUUUCUUGACAUCUUUUAGUUGUAAACAAUAUGGAAUAAAGUCAAUGAUAUGGCUUCUCUAGAGAAACUACUCUCUUUUUUCUAAGUGCUGCAAUUUUUUCUUAGUCAGAUACACAUUGCUCAUAAAAUCAUGGCAAACAACAGUUGAUAUCAUAAAUCAUUGGAAAAUACUAAAAUCUCCAGUGAAGUGACCUCUAUCUGUAUAUUGCAUGUUUGCUCUCAGCACACAUUUGUGGUCUGAAGAAAAUCUGGAGAUUAUGCAUUCUCAGGAAUACUGGAUACUUCUAACUAACCAUUUAUUUAUAGAUCCAAGGCAGCAGAAAAUAAAAUGAAUAGCUAUUUUCUGGAAGGAGAGUUUACUCCAUUAUUAUGCACCGGAUAUCACAACAAAAAUGUGUUGUUUCUAUUUGGCCUCUCCCAGUGAAUUGACAACACAUUUGGCUGUCAUCCUUAACAAUUUAGGGUAUACAAAACCAGGCUUUCAAUAAAUAUUUACUUUUGUUGUUUUGUAUAAAGCACAGUGCCAACACUGUUCUCAACAAAUGAGAAAAAAGCUUUAAACCUUCAAAAAUGUUGAAGUAAUACUUAGCUUUUCUCAUUUUAAAGCAUUUCUUUCUUUUAACUGUAUUUGUGCUCUCAUUUGGGAAAUGCUAGCAAGAUGAAAUUUUCUGAACCUUUUAACGUAAUGGAAGAUAAAAUUUGGCAGCUGCUAUGGAAAACAGGUUAUUAUCCUGUGAACUUGUUUUCUACUCAAGCUUUUACAGAGGUUCAGAAGUUUAGGUGGAUAUUUCAGGUCUUUUCAGUGGGGUUAUUUUACAAUAAUAUUAUAUUAUAAUAAUAUUAUAUAAUAAUAUAUUAUAAUAAUAUUAUAUUUAUAAAUAAUAUAUUUUUGAAUGGAUCUUAUUUUAAGGGUUUGAGCAUUUCAAAUAGAGGCUGGUACAAAAUCUUGAAGUAAGAUUUUAAUUAUUUAUUCAUUAAAAGUAUCACAAGCAAAUUCAGAUAAGUUGCGUUUAUAUGAAGUUACUACUGAGAAAUGGAACAGAUGGCAGUCAAUAUAGCUAUAAUGUUUCCUGCUUUUUUCAUCAGCCUGUAGGGCAGGAGAGUAUCAGGGUGAGAGCUGUGGAUUUAGAGCUGCAUAAUGCACUGCUACAUCACUUCCCUGGGUUUCAAAUUUCCACCGGUUGUGUCUGUACAGAGGAGCUCUGUCAGGAUGGGAAUUAGAUAAAUGUGUCAUUCAGGUUUCUUGAUGAUGAAUGAAAUUUUGAUUCUUUAGGAGUACAGUAGGACAUUAUUGCAUCCUUAUAAGGAAGAGAUGAACACUCAGUACUCCGACCUGUUUUUUUCAGGCUGCUACGUAAAAAGGACUAUCUAACAGCUAUCAGUGUUAUAAAUUCUCUGAAGAACAGUAGUUCUACCAAAAGUAGAGAACAAUAAUAGACUAGCUUCAUCUUAUGGCAGUUUUAAUACUUGAUGGAAGCCCAUAGCGCUGGAACAAAUAAACCAGAAGAAUCUUAUCUUCUCUCUGGAGUGACUUUUCCGGCAAUGCUCAGAGAACCUGACCUAAUUUCAGGAACCUUUCUGCACUCGUGCUAAUAUGAAAUGUAACAAAAGCACUUAAAAAGUAUUCCUGAUAAAAUCCUAGGGGCAAAGGGUGGUCCGUGCCUCUAUCCUAUCUCAUUACCCCAGCAGGCAUCUAUAAAAUUUGAGGUGUCUUAGCUGGACUUCAAAUGAUUCAUCACUUUAAAGACAAUUACAGCACUAAAAUAGAUUUAAAGCAUGCAUUUUGUAGUAGUUUGAAACUUCUCCUAUGGCUUGUAAAGGAGAUGACUGUAAACGAGUGCAUAUUUAUAUUGUUAAUGUUUUACUUUUCUCUUACAGAUUUAUGGUAAUCAUGCCAAAACAGUUCAUCCAUAUAAAAUAUAUAAGAAUUUUGUCUACAAUAAUUGAUUGUUUUAAAUUAUUAUUGAAAUAGUUAAGAGCUUGCAUGGUCUCUGCCUCAAUUCAGAGCUCUCCUAUAGGAGUUUAUUGGACGAAAUUACAUAUAAAUUAUCCCAACUGGUUGUUGUACAGCUGCCUCUUUGUAAAGGUGUAGUCAUUUUAGGACAGCUGAUGUCACAGAAUUAUUGUUGUUUGUUGUUGCUGUUGUUGUUAUUGUUAUUAUUAUUAUGAGUAUUAUUAUUGUUAUUGUUAUACCAGCCUACUUGAUAGCAUACCCUUUAGUAGACUUAAUUUACAUUUAUGGAGCUGAAAUAAAAUUCUUCCUUUUCAAAAAGUUAUGCCUAGACCUGGUACAGCAUGGUUUGUUUAUCUAUCAACAUUAGCUGAUCAGGUCCUAGAAACGCCACCACUGGCAACAUGGGUAUGAUGUUCGCAAGUGUUUAUUCACAGGUAAUGCUGCUGAAAUGUUAUUUUUAGAAAUAUCAUACAUAGCUUUUUUACUAGCAGCAUUCUCACUCAUGAGACUAGUGCUGUUAGCACUGUGUUUACAACAUCACUGUUAAUCUGAGAGCCUUCCAGGACUGCUACAGCCCACAUAUGCUUAAAUUAACCGUGUUGCAAGUUUGUUAAGGCAGUAGCAAGAAAGUGCCAGGAGAAGUCCUUGAAAACACAAAUUAAAGUCAGAAUAAGUACCAGAGAAAAAGAACAUGGAAAAACAUGAAACAACAUGGAUCAAAAGAGCAACUGCUGCUUUGACAAAAAAGGUAGGAGUCACCAGAGAUCAGACCAGAAGUUUAGCCUCAAGAAAGUGAUUAGAUUUAUUAGAAACUGUCAGCCUCUGGCCUGGAUGGGCGCACACUCUCCUGGGUUGAAAACUGGUUGGAUGGCCGGGCCCAGAGAGUGGUGGUAAAUGGAGUUAACUCCAGCUGGAGACCAGUUACAAGUGGGGUUCCCCGGGGCUCGGUACUGGGUCCAGCGCUGUUCAAUGUCUUUAUCAAUGACCUGGAUGAAGGCAUUGAGUGCAUCCUUAGCAAGUUUGUGGAUGACACUAAGCUGGGUGGAAGUGUGGAUCUGCUGGAGGGUAGGGAGGCUCUGCAAAGUCGUCUGAACAGGCUGGACCGCUGGGCUGAGACCAAUGGCAUGAGAUUCGACAAGGCCAAAUGCCGGGUCCUGCACGUGGGGCAC